AUGAGCUACGACCCUAUCCAAAGCAACCACGGCCACCAAUUUUACGGCCAGGAUGCAAAUCCAUCGUAUUAUCAGUCCACAGGCUUCAUCACCCCCGCCAAGCCCAUCAAGCGAACCAACAACUGGAAGAAAUUCGGUAUACCAGUUGCUCUUCUCGUCGUCGCUGGGGUUGUUGUCGGUGUUGUUCUAGGGCUAAGACAUCACAACCAAACAAGUUCUGCCUCAGGCUCCUCGUCCUCUUCUUCUGGCUCUGCGGCUGGCUCCGCUGGUGGGAGGGCAGUGCUCGCAACGGGAACGAACACGUGGUUUUUACCUGAAUAUCCUUCCACAACAAACACCGCUGCUUAUACCACUCCAACAUUGAAUGCUGCCUUGUCGAGCUGGCCCACAGACCCCUUCGCUCCCUCCAGUCCUUCAGUUCUUUCAGUCCGGCCAGAUCGGCCCCGCUUAAUCGCACCAGCCUACAAGUGGGCAGCUCUGCCAAACCUCGUUGCCAAGGAUCCAUACCUUUCUCUCUGGAACGCCACGAUCUUCGAGAACGCCACACAAUGGGAUGCGUUGCCCGCCGUUGUCUAUUUUAUGGAUGGCGACUCUGGUAUACUUGAUGUUGCGCGACAAGUAAAACAGCGCGUCAAAGCUUUCAGUUAUGUCUAUCGAAUGACCAACAACACUCACUGGGUCGAUCGAACUUGGGAAGAGCUGCAAAAUGCGGCUGGUAACGGCUCAAGCACCUGGACGUCAACCACCCCAGAUGACCUGUGGAACUCGGCGCAUUUCCUCGACACUGCUGAACUGUCUGCUGCUUACGGGAUCGCCUACGACUGGCUCUAUGAUUUAUGGUCCGCCGACCAGAAGGCAGCGAUCAGGUCCACCCUGGUUAAAUUUGGCCUUGGUCCUGGUGUUCAAGCUUACACAAAUAGCUCCGUUUUCACUGGCUGGUGGAGGGGAGGUGGGAAUGGAUUUGGCAACUGGAAUUGUGUUUGUAAUAACGGCUUGACGAUGGCUUCUCUCGCUAUUCUGGGCGACGACACGAGCGGGUUUGCGUCCCAACUGUUGGGAUUAACGGUUGAUAACGCCAAAGCAAAUUGUGCCUUCGCCGUUUCGUCAGAUGGAACAUGGUCCGAAACAGCCGACUACUGGUAUUUUGGGACGACAAGUCACGCAGAGAUGGUCUCUUCGCUUAUAUCAGCCACUGGCUCAGACUACGAUUUGCUCAAAGUCAACCCCAACUUCUACAAGACCGGUCUUUUCCACAUGUAUGGACAAGGCACAACCCAAUUGUUUGCCUGGGGAGACAACGGCCCGAACAAAUAUACCGCCACUGCCAACUCGCUGCUACUUUACGCUGACAAAUAUAACAUCCCUGAGUAUGCUCUCUACCAACGCGAUCAAUUUGACGCUGGCGAUCCAUGGAGCAUGUUCUGGUAUAAUCCACAAACGAGUGGCGCCUUUUGGGACAACAUGCCUCUGGACUAUGCUUUUGACAACAACACAGACCAAUGGAUGUCAAUGAGAAGUAGUUGGACUGAUCCAAAUGCGCUCUUCGUAGCGAUGAAGGCCGGCACACUAGUAGGACAUCAAACGCACAAUGACCUCGACGUUGGUGACUUUGUUCUUGAUGCCAUGGGCACACGAUGGGUAGGAGAACUCGGUGAUGGUGACUAUCGCUCACCGGACUAUUUCUCCAACGAUACCCAAGGGAGUGCACGAUGGAUGUACUACCGCAAGAUGACAGAGGGCCAGAACACGAUACUGAUAGGAGCGGCUAACCAGAAUGUGAAUGCUGCACCGAAGAUGACUUCUAAAUCAAGCAAUACAACACAAGGCUCGAGCACAGUCUUCACCCCCAGUAAGGAUUCGACCGCGUAUUUUGUCACCGAUAUGACCUCUGCCUAUUUAAAUGCCAAUUCCGUCAAACGAGGAAUUCGGCUGUUGAAUGGUCGCAAACAGGUGCUCUUACAAGACGAAGUCUCAUCUAACACAACCAUUAUGUGGCGAAUGCACACAAAUGCGACUGUUUCUGCAUCAGGAACGACCGCAACGCUAUCCAGAGACGGCAAAACAAUGGAUCUCUCCAUUCUCAACGCACCAGAUUCGGCUACGUUUACCACGGCAAAUGCAACUCGUCUGAACACAGACGUGACACCGCCAGCACCUGACCAGCCGAAUCCUGACAUUACGGUCUUGAUUAUAAGCCUCCCAGCAGGAACCUAUAACCUCCAGGUUCUCUUUAACCCUCAGUGGAAUGACGGGACCAAUUUUGUGACACCUCCCUCUGUUCUGUUGGACAACUGGGACUUGGCCAGCCACAACUGA